UAGAUAUCCAAAAUGUCGGCUCUUCUCGCAGCUCAGUAUGGGGUGGGGGCAUUGGUUACUGCAACCUUGCACCCGCUUGGAUAUGCAAAAGUCCUAAUUCAGGUUGGACAUGAGCCAAUGAAACCCAAACCAUCGGUGUCCGUUCUUGGCAAGGAAUCACUAGUAUACCCAAAUGUAAUUCAAUAUGUUGGGUACAUUAAGAAAUGUGAUGGAUUCUGGGGGUUGUACAGAGGCGUGUUCCCCAGAGUUGUGUCCGGGACACUGGGAAAUGUGGUCCAGAAUACAGUGAUGGAGAAAUUUAAAGAAAUGAAUAAAGCUGAAGAAGAACAGAAGUCAAGUACUGACGAUGAACUUGUGACGUGGAUUAAAACUUUCUGCAAAGAGACCACACAAGAAACUGCUGGUAGAUGUUUGGGUAUUGUAGCCAGUCAUCCUUUCCAUGUGAUUAUGCUGAGAUGUAUGGUGCAGUUUGUAGGCAAGGAAACAGAAUACAAUUCCAUAUGGUCAUCUAUAGGAGCAGUCUAUAGGAAUGAUGGAAUUCUUGGCUUCUUUGCUGGCAUUGUACCAAGACUGGUGGGAGAGGUGAUAACAGUGUGGAUAACCAACUUCCUUGCUCAGCUAGUCAACAAAUACUUAGUAGAGGAUAAGUUAAGUCAGUCUGUUACUGCUGCAGCAUGUGGGUGAUUGAUUGUGUCCCAUCUGACAUACCCCUUCACUCUUGUUACAAACAUCAUGGCAAUCAAUGGCUCAGGGCUUCAGGCUGCUGGUAGGGUGCAGUAUGGAAGCUGGUAUGAGUGCUUUGGGCAACUGAGAAGACAGGGUGCCCUGAAGCGAGGCUCUAGCAUGUUCUGGCGGUACUACCAGGGGCCACUGAUUCUGAUGGAUGGGAAGCCUUACCCUGCCAACUCCAGGUUUCUACAGUGAGACCACCCUCGUACCGUCCUCCCACUCACACGGAUAGCAUAAUGACUGGAGGAUCAUACCAUAUUUUUGUAAAAUUGGCCCUUGUAACAAACAUAGACACAACUGUAAAUAGCCUGUAGCGUCCAUUGCUCAUUCUCAUUUGAUGAUGAUGUGUAUGUGACUGUUGAUCUUUUGUGAUGAUAGGGGUAAAUGAUAGAAAUAUGAAUGAUUGUUUCAAGUGUCAAGUCUGUUAUUUGACCUGGCAUGUGACUGUUUAGUAUAACAUGACAUAAACACCGAUCCGACCUGACCUGACCUGACCUGACCUGACCCAACCUGACCUGACCUGACCCCGACCCGACCUGACCUGACCCCACCAUUUUGGACCUGUCCUGCCCCGUCCCGACCCGACCCGACCUGACAUGACCCGACCCGACCUCACCAUUUUGGUCCCGUCCCGUCCCGUCCCAUCCCGUCCUGACCCGACUCGACCCGACCUGACCCGACCCAACCUGACUAGACCCGACCUGACCAGACCCGAUCUCACCAUUUUGGACCUGUCCUGAACCGAACUGGAAUUGUCUGGAUUAAUGAUUUCCCCAGGUUAACAAGUCAUUGGUAAGUGGUGAUACUUCAAUAGUUAUUGUCUGGAAUACUGGCAUCCACUGUGUUUCACUGUAAUUAAUAACCAGCCAACAUCUGACCUUCACACAAACAACUGGGUAUGUUUUAGUAAUCUAGAGAAAGAUAGUCCAUAAUUUAUUGCUACCCGACUUUCCCUGAAAUCAUUCUGAGUUGAUUUGUCCCUGAUUGUACAUAAUUUGACUUCCAGGACAGAUACUGUAUCAGUUUCUGUGUAUUUGUUUGGUUUCUAAAUGAUUGUUCAGCUACAUAGUAUGUACCCUUCAACGGGCUCGGUUUCAACUUGAGAGCCGGGACCUGUUGUGAUGUUCCAGAAGUCCAUCACAGUGGACCACAGCAUCAUUACAUUCAUGUGAAUACGGGAAUUGAAUGAUCAGAGUGUAGAGUUACAGCAGUGAGAAUACAGGGGUACAGAUGAGAAUACUGAGAUAUGGAUGAGAAUACUGGGGUACCGCUUUGAGAAUACAGGGGUACAGUAGUGAGAAUACAGAGGUACAGAUGAGAAUACUGAGAUAUGGAUGAAAAUACUGGGGUACAGUUUUGAGAAUACAGGGGUACAGUAGCGGGCAUACAGGGGUACAGAUGAGAAUACUGAGAUAUAGAUGAGAAUACUGAGACAUAGUAAUGAUAAAACUUUGUUUAUUAGACAGUUAAACUGAGUGAUCACUGUUUAGGAUAUCAAAGAAGAUAGU